CCAAAACCGUCUGCUUUGGGGAAAGCUGAAGAAACCUAAUUCCCGGCAAUUGGAGAAAGGUUGAAGUAGAUCGUCGGCACAAAUCUUUGCCGGUCGCUUUCUUGCUCUUCGGCAAGCAAAUCUUAGAAAACCUAAUUCGGCCGAUUGGAGAAAACCCGAAGGAGAUCCUCUGCAACCUAAUUCCGGGAAUCGAAGAAAGUUUGAAGGAGAUCAUUGGCAUAAAUCUUCGUAACUGGCUUUUCGUUGGACCUCGAUCCUUUCUUAGCUUCCUGCCGCUGUUGUUGGCGCCAGAUCGGAACCGGCUUCAUAUAACUGCUGCGAAACCUAAUGUAUGUUUGUCCCUGAUGUUCGCCACCUCUGAGCGGAAGAAGGAGCUGCUACGGCCGCAGAUCACCGGAAUAAGCAGUCCUUCAUCCACUAAACCCAUGAUCACAAACUCUUAUCCUUCCUCCACAGCUGCUAACUCUGGCUCUUCACAUCAGAAGACGACAUCAGAGAAGGCCUUUUUGGGUUCCAUUGUGAUUGCUGAUCCAUAUCCACCACAACGCACAGAACAAGAUGUAGUCAACAACCAAUGGUUGGCAGGACUGUGUCCAACCCCACUUCCUAAGGGGCAGACACUGACUGAAGCGCUUCUUGAGCUGGCGACGCGGGAAGCGGCCCUAGACCCUCUUCCUCCUGAUUAUGAUACGGACGCGGAAUGGGGUGAUUAUGAGGGUGGAUGUUGCGACGACAGUCAUUGGGCAAAUGAAGAGCCGGAUUGGGACUGGUUUCGCUCGAUCAUGGUUCAUCCCCCAUGCCCAAGAUAUGAGAAGAGGGGUCUCCUGCUUGAUUCCGAUUAUUUCAUUCCCCGAAAUUUCUUACUUCUAUUGUUACGCGGAAGGAGAAGCUGCUGCAGCAGACCACAGUACUAGGCUAUGUCACUGCCGCAAUUGAGCGAAAUAAGAAGCUGCAGACCCAGACUACCGGCCGCUCAUCCAAUCAAGUAUCAACCCAUAAUCACAACCUCUGAGCCCUCCUCCACAGCACCUAACUCUGGCUCCUCACAUCAGAGGACGGCAUCAGAUAAGGCCUUUUUGGAUUCCGAUGUGAUUGCUGACCCAUAUCCACCACAGCGCACAGAACAUGAUCUAGUCAGCAGCACCCCUUUUAACAAGGGGUCAAGGAGGACACUGACUGAAGCGCUUGUUGAUAUGGCGGAGGCGGAAAUGGCGCGGCACCCUCCUCUUCCUCCUGAUUAUGAUUCCGACGCACGGAAUGGGGUGAUUUGAUUAUGAGGGUGAAUGCCACAGAGGAAGUCAUUUGGAGAAUGAAGAGGCUGAUUGGGACUGGUUUCGCUCGACCAUGGUUCAUCCCCUGCCCAAGAUAUGAGGAGAGGUAAAGUAGGGGAUACAUUCUGUUCCAGAAAGAGUUGUAUGAUUUGGUGUCAUGGCCGUGCUACAUGCUCCAUGUCAUCAUGGAUUUAAAUGGAACAAUAGGGUUAUGAGGGAUAGAUAGGAUAUUGAGAAUGCAUGCUACCGUUUCUAUUUCUUAUUGGUUGGUGGAGAGCAUUUUCAGCCGCGCCCUCCUGUUGCUGUUGGUCACGUACAUAUUUACAUACAUAUAGGUUCUCCGGGAUCCAUAUGGAAAAAAAAAAAAAGAGUGUCUUUCAUCAUUUGUGGGCUUUGAAACUUAGUUUGUUGCAAGUUCUAUCUUCUUGCAGUUGUGUUUUUAUCAAUGUUUCUUAUUUUAUUUGCAAGGUAGAUAUCUAUUCUUCCUAGCAUGUGUGUACAGUACAGGUACGGUUGGUCAUGUAAUUUGUUACAUGGCUCUCCUACAUUAAUCUGCUCUUUGUGCUU